AUGAGCCAGCCGCCUGCAGGGGGCGCCGCCGCCGAGCCGCGCCUGCAUCCCGAGGGCAGCAGCGGCAGGAAGCAGCCGCGGGCAUCCUCGCCGGCCCGGGCCCGCGACGCCGCCCCGCGCCCUCCGCCCAGCACCGCCAAACCCGCGCCCGCCGCCGCCAAGGCCGCCUCGGCGCGGCCGCCGCCCGGCCAGGCUCCCCGAGCCGCCCGCGGCCGCGCCGCCGAGAAGCUGCCGCGGGGAGCUGUCCAGCCCGGAGCCGGUGCUGAACCACCGCCCGCCGCCGCCGGCAGAGGAGGAGCCGCCGCCGCCGCCGAGGAGCCGCUGCCGCCGGCGGGAGCCGCCGAGGAGGCGCCCCCUGCAGGGGGCGGCGGGGGAGAGCGGGAGGGGGCGGCAGCGCCGCCGCCCAGGCAGUGGCGGGGGAAAGCGGGGCGGUCCCCGCUGAAGGGCGCGGGGGAGGCGGCCCCGGCGUCUCCAUCUUCCUCGGGCGCGGGGAAGGGCCGCGGUGCGGCGGCGGGCGGCGGCGGGUACUGGAAGGAGGGAUGCCUGCAAAGUGAGCUCAUCCAGUUCCACCUCAGGAAAGGGCUGGCGGCGGCCGCCCAGAUGCAAACCAAAGGCAGCAACCACGGCAGCGGCAGCGGCGGAGCUUCCUCCGCUGCCUCCGCCGCCUCCGCGGCCGCCGCCCCGGCCGAGCAUCCCCCGGCCGUCUCCGCCUCCGCCUCCUCGCCCACUGCCAUGGCGGCAGCCGGGGCGGAAGGGCUGCGGCAGGGCGAGACGGAAGGCGACGGCAGGAGCUGCGGCCCCGAAGGCGACCUGAGCCCCCACCUGCAGGAGGAGAUGCAGGAAGAGAUGGAGAAACUGCGGGAGGAGAACGAGAGCCUCAAGAACGAGAUAGAUGAGCUGAGGACAGAGAUGGACGAGAUGAGGGACAGUUUCUUUGAGGAGGAUGCUUGUCAGCUUCAAGAAAUGCGCCAUGAACUGGAGCGAGCCAACAAGAACUGCCGGAUCCUUCAGUACCGGCUGCGCAAGGCUGAGCGCAAGAGGCUCCGCUACGCCCAGACCGGAGAAAUCGACAACGAGCUCAUACGCAGCAUGGAGCAGGACCUCAAGGUUGCAAAAGAUGUAUCGGUGAGACUUCAUCAUGAGUUAGAAAAUGUGGAAGAAAAACGUACUAUAACAGAAGAUGAAAAUGAAAAAUUAAGACAGCAGCUUAUAGAAGUUGAAAUUGCCAAACAAGCGCUACAGAAUGAAUUGGAAAAAAUGAAAGAGCAAUCAUUGAAAAGGAGAGGAAGCAAAGACCUACCAAAAUCAGAAAAAAAGUCACAGCAGACACCAACAGAGGAUGACAAUGAAGACCUGAAAUGCCAGCUACAGUUUGUCAAAGAAGAAGCAGCCUUGAUGAGGAAGAAAAUGGCUAAAAUUGAUAAAGAGAAAGACAGAUUUGAACAUGAGCUGCAAAAAUACAGAUCGUUUUAUGGGGAUUUGGACAGUCCCUUGCCAAAAGGUGAAGCAGGUGGGCCACCUACUACAAGAGAAGCUGAACUCAAGCUUCGAUUGAGGCUUGUGGAGGAGGAAGCUAACAUUCUCGGGAGGAAAAUAGUGGAACUAGAAGUAGAAAACAGAGGACUGAAAGCAGAGCUUGAUGAUUUAAGAGGAGAUGAUUUCUCAGGGACCACUAACCCGCUCCUGGGAGAGCAGAAUGAAUCCCUGUCAGAAUUACGACAGCAUUUGCAGCUAGUAGAAGAUGAAACAGAAUUGCUGAGGAGAAAUGUAGCUGAUUUAGAAGAACAAAACAAACGCAUAACAGCUGAGCUGAACAAAUACAAGUACAAGUCUGGGGCCCAUGAGAGCUCUAGGCACCAUGAUAAUGCCAAGACAGAAGCGUUACAGGAGGAGCUAAAAGCUGCACGAAUGCAGAUCAAUGAGCUGAGUGGCAAAGUCAUGCAACUCCAGUAUGAGAACAGAGUCUUAAUGUCCAACAUGCAGCGCUACGACUUGGCCUCUCAUCUUGGCAUCCGUGGCAGCCCUAGAGACAGUGAUGCAGAAAGUGAUGCAGGAAAAAAGGAGAGCGAUGAUGAUUCCCGCCCCCCUCACCGCAAGAGGGAAGGUCCCAUUGGUGGGGAAAGUGACUCCGAAGAGGUGCGCAACAUUCGGUGCCUGACACCCACAAGGUCUUUUUAUCCGACGCCGUCUGGGUGGCAGAAAAGCUUCACUGACAGGCAGCAGAUGAAGGACAUUCGCUCUGAAGCGGAGCGGCUGGGCAAGACAAUAGAUCGCUUAAUUUCCGACACGAGCACCAUCAUCACAGAGGCAAGAAUUUACGUAGCUAAUGGAGACCUCUUUGGACUGAUGGAUGAGGAAGACGAUGGCAGCAGAAUACGUGAGCAUGAGCUUCUGUACCGGAUCAAUGCGCAGAUGAAGGCCUUCAGGAAAGAGCUCCAGGCUUUCAUCGACAGACUCGAAGUUCCAAAGUCUUCGGACGAUCGAAGUGCCGAUGAACCUUUGUCAGUGAGUCAGAAUUGUUUCAGAGAGGUUUUGGGGAGCAAACUCCUUGCUGACUCAAGAUCUUUUGCCAUGAAAAAUGAAAAUUGCCUACUCUUAUCUUAUCAUGCAAUCCUAUAG